CAUUUUAUACAUCCUACUCAGUCUUUAUACUCGCGGUCCUUGGCGUAAACAUACGACAUGCACUGUGUUUUGCUGUGAGCGAGGAUUUUGUUCCUUCAUUUUAUCAGUAAUUCAUCAUUUAAAAAAAACUUACAUAUAGGUAUAGUUUAACUUUGGCACAGCCAUAUGGUGCAAGGCAAACUGGUUAUAAUGGAUAGAACGACCGAGAAUAAGACUCGUCAUUUACGAAGCAAUUAUAUUUACGUAAAAGAUGUCACUCUAUGAUGACAUAGACACAGAUAAAGCUUCUGGAGCAUCAGGUUGGGCUUCAGGUAUCAAACUGAUGCACAAUCAGUUGGCUUUUAAAAAAGCAACUAUAACAGCACCAAAGCGUGACCAAACGCGGCGUGUAACAGGAACAAAGCUGCCUCCAGUCAUAGAUCUGAAAUCCCGUCGAGAUGAAGAUGAAAAUGCCCAACAAUCUCUGUUUUAUAUGCCAGGCCAGAAGCAGGAGUUUGCGAGACAAGGAUCAGGAAAUUCACCAUACAUGGGCUCCAAUGACCCUGAAUGGAAGUUUAUUAAUGAGUAUGAUCCAAUCUGGCCAAAUGAUUAUGAGAAAGUUGUUAAAG